GGAGGGCAUGGGGUGACAGUAACAGCGGGUGUGGCACUCCAUUGCACGGCCAGAGCUGCACGAGGAAGGACUUGGCAAGAAGCCCUACUGUGACCUCAGCCCCUUAACUAGAUUAUUUUUAGAUUUACGAAGGUAGCCAAAAGCGAGGACCAUGAGUGAGGAGAAGAACGGGCUGACCCACGGCUCGGCAAACAGCGAGAUGGCACCGCAGGAGGAUGGCACUAAGGUUCCUCUCACCGACGAACCUGGGCAGGUUAAGUUCUCAAGCACCAACCCACCCAAUGGGGAUGCCAAGAUUGAUAUCUCCUCUGGCCCAGCCUUCAGUGGCCUCACCAAGGAGGAACUCAUGAAAUAUGCUGAUGACCCAUUUUGGGUGCGAGUGAGAUGGAUUCUCUUCAUUCUCUUCUGGGUUGGCUGGCUGGCCAUGUUAGUGAUGGCUAUUGUGAUCAUCAUUCAGGCACCCCGCUGUGCCCCCAAGGAGAACCUUGAGUGGGUGCAGGAAUCAGCCAUGCUCCAGUAUGACAUCAAUCAUCCCGUGGACAUUGACGGCAAUGCUGAGGAAACACCUGAGGACUUGUUGAAGAUGGCUGCAGACCUGGGAGUAAAGACAGUCUACCUAGAGAAACUGAUCAGCAACUACAACUUUGAAAAUAUCAACGCAGUGUACGACAACGCAGAGGCCUUGGCUGUUCUGAAGGCUGCCGAGCAUGCCCACGUCCACAUUGUGACUGACUUCGUGCCGUCCCCAGUGCUUCUCAACAACACAUGGCGCCAGAAUCCAAACAUGUCCGACUUCUUUAAUCCACCAGACUCAGGCAAUCUUGACUUCUCCAACCAGGGUCUUCUUGAUAAGCUGAUUGAACUCUUCAGCACCACAUGGGCAAGUAGGGGAGUUCUUGGAUACCUGUCAAACAUUGGUGAAGAAACACUUCUAAAUGCCACUCGCCAUCAUCAGCAAGGGACUGGGACGAUGUGGAUGGUGCUGUUGUUUCUGGGAUGACGGAUGUGAACCACAAGAUCAAGGACUUCACACCUGAGUCGUAUCGGGAGUUCCUUGACAACCACAUUGACAGCAACCGCGAUAGCUGGUCCUACUUUAAGGUACAGUAUUAUCGUCACCUACAUUUUAUAUUGUUACAGAGUUUGUGCAUUAUUAUAACUGAAAAAAAAAAAAUUUAGUUUUGGAUAUUAUUUAUGGACAUUCAAUAUUGUGGAGUGGAUCAGACUUUUGAUGUUCUCAACAAAACUUGGUUGCUUACAUGAUCAGCUUACAAUUAAGACUUUAAACCUAAACUUUUCCUAUCUCUCACAGUUCAACACCCAAGCUUGCUGAGUCGGACCUUGGCCGUAGCGAUGCAAAGUUAGUGACCAUGACUCUGUUCCUUGUGCCUGGGACACCAAUCCUUGUUGGCAUUGAGAAGGACUACUUUAUGGCUGAAAAAGGAUUCAUCAAGGCCCUCUCAGAGUUCAGGGAGAAGGAAUCGGUGCAGAUUGGCAGCAUGGCUUUUGUUAAUACCACCUCAGAUGACGUCAUAGCAUUUGCCAGAGUAAAGAAGGGCACACCUGGAUGUGCAGUAGCAGUCAACUUCCAUUCUACAAACAGCACUGAAGUUGACUUCAGCGGCAUAAAAGGGGUGCCAGAGAAAGGCGAUCUGCAUAUCAGAGUAACAAAUGGCACAUUUGCGAGUGGUGAGAUUGGGCGCAAGGAUUUAUCAAAAGUGGUCUUAAAUCCACAUGAGGGUGUUGUGGUGCUCUUCGUGCCAAAUCUUUAAGUCUGCACACAUCCCACCCGCUAUUGGCUGCCACUCCCAUAGCUGAGGACCAGAGAUCUUAUAAAUGAGAAACCAGGAUCUGGAGGCUGCAUAAUGGCUGGCUGGUGUGGGCAUCACGUUUAUUCCUGCAGUAUUGAAUGUUCAUUCCUCUAAUGUGGAAUUAAAUCUGCAUUGUCAGUUUUAUCAAUAAAUGAGAAGUAUUAUUUUAGAAUGAAAAGUCAGUUUUGCUUGUGAACAAAAGAUAUUAAUGCACUACUAUACACAGCAAUUUAAUAUGGCAUUGCUGCCACGGUUAAAUCCGUGAUGUGAAUAAUAACUCAAAUUGGAAAUUUA